UUCGCCCAUUGAAUUUUCAAUAUUCGAGUGAUUUUGAGCGAGUUGUGUUACAAAACCCUACUAAACGAACAUGUUUGGUAUUAAUCAGUGAACGCACUAUCAAAUUGGCUCAAUACCACAAUGCUAAUUGCCUAGACAAGCAUGUAAAAUGGAAAAAAUGUCAAAAUCCAAUGCAUGCACAGUGCGGUUUGGCUGGGCAUGUUGUCUUUGAUUUUACUCCAUGGAAUGACAUCAGUUGUCCAUGAACGCGUUUACUUGACUAGCCCUAUUAACGAAGCUCUCUACGACCACCAUGGAUCCUGUCUUUCGCUGAACUAUUGCAAAGAGUUGAAGUAUGCAAUAAGUGAUGCAUCUCAGGCUCUUAGUGCACUCGAUGAAAUAUGCCAAAGCAAUGUGGAUUACAAAAAGCAAUGCAAACCUGUCUUGGUGAAUUGAAUGGUCGGGGGGAUUCAGUUGAACGUUGGUUUUAGCCCGAGCAACAUGGUCAGCAUUCAAUUGGGAUCUGCAGCACUUAUCUGCUUUAUUGUGGUUCUGAAGCAUGGACAAAUUUCGGCGAAGGAUGUGGACACUCACCAGAACAGAACAGGGAAAUUUUUGUCUCUCUUCAGUUUGAUCCAAUUCCCGAAUGAUGCUUGCCCAGGCAGUGAUGGUCGAAACGGCUCUUGUUUCACUCAAGGGGAAUGUGAUCAAAGAGGCGGAAACGCGGGUGGAUCAUGUGCUUCAGGUUUUGGUGUCUGCUGUGUGUUCAUCAAAAUGUGCGGACAAACCGUCAACACGGAAUGCAGUUACCUGGUUCAAACCAGACUGACACCGGUUCCUUCAGAUUGCUCUUACACCAUUUGCAAGUCCAAUCCAAACAUUUGCCGAAUCCGACUCGACUUUCAGAGUUUUGAUAUCGCUGGUCCGACUUCAGACAUGAUAGCCGAUGCGACUGGUUUGACCUCCAUCGGGGAUUGCUUGUCAGACUCUUUCUCCUUCACUGCUCCAGGAGGAUUGGGAUCGCCCAUUAUCUGUGGAUUCAAUACUGGUCAACACAUGAUCUUGGAUGCAAGUGACUCGUGCAAUGUGGCCUCUUUCAAUAUUGAUCCAGUUGGAACGACAGCCCGAGAAUGGGACAUCAAAGUUACUCAAUUUGAUUGCGCGGAUGAAGCGGGGGGACCCCCUGGAUGUCUUCAAUAUUAUUCAAAUCCUACAGGGAUCGUACGGAGCUUUGGAUUUCGUCCGUCAGUUCCACUAACAGGUGAUGAGACACAUCUUUCUCAACAAUGCUAUUCGAUGUGUUUCCGGCAGAUGGCAGGAAUGUGCAAUCUGUGCUUUACUGUGGAAACAACUACUGCCUUGAUGCCGAACUCAUUUGGUUUGAGCUCACAAGUGGGUGUGACGGAUAUGAUGAGUUUAACCGACAGCGAAUGUUCUACCGAUUAUCUCUUGAUUCCACGAGCGAAUUCACCAUCAUCGCCAGCAAUAGCUGAUCGUGUGUGCGGAACUGCCUUUAAUACUGAAGACCUCACGGCUCCCUCCGAAAAAGUUUGCACCGCACUCCAACCAUACAUUGUGACCUUCAAGACCGACGAGGGGGAAACCGAUGAUGAAAGGAUGGCAGCCCCAACAACUGGUUCUGUGGGGUUUUCGCUCAAGUACGUCUACGAGCAAUGCUAAAUCUUGAAUCCCAUUCUGUGAACGAACUAUUCCAUGAAUGAAAUAGAGCAUAUUGCAAACAAUUGU